AUGCGCGCCUCGAUGCACGAUGCGCCGUCCAUGGCCGACCAACUGCCCUCAAUCAAUUUCGGCUUUGAUGAUCUACGCAGUCGCAUGAACCAAUUUACUGCACGCUUCGAUGCAUUUAUCGAGAAGGGCAGACGACAGGUUUUGGACGAACGCAACCAGUUUCGCAUGAAUGUCGCAGAACUCCAUGAGGAUCAACGCAUGAAGAAGCGCGACAUCGAAAUCCUCGAACUCAAGACAGAACAACACUCUCAAACAAUCGCAAAAGAGGCACAGGAGACUUCCGAAAUGCAAGAAGCCAUCAGCGCCCUCACUCUCCAGCGCGACGAACGACUUGCGCACCGUGACAAUCUGCGCGCCCAGAUAGCAGAGGUCCAAAAGACUAUCUCAGCGCGCCGGGAAGCACAGCUGAAGCACCGCCGCUAUCUCGAUGGCCAAUCGCGGUACAAUGAGCCGGAAUUGGACUUCUGGGAGAAUUACCUGGGGCUGAGGAUCGAGGGCUUGGGGCAGGAGGACAGACUUAAGUUUGUCUACACAUAUGUUGAUGAACAGGAGUGGGACCGUGAGGCAUGGUUCGAGUUGGACACGAGCGAGCGAGAUUACAAGGUACUUGAAAUGCGACCGAAGGUGGAGCGCGAAGAGGUCGAUAGAGUCAUCGAGCGUCUAAAUGAGACUCGCGAUCUUGCUGGCUUUUUGAAGGGGAUGCGGGAGCUUUUUGUGGAAGCAUGCAAGUAG